UAUAUAUGGGAAAAGCAGUAGAGCGGCAGAUAUGACUUCCGAAACAUCGACUCCUUAAAAACAAGUAUCUCUCAAUGAAAUGUUCUUUUUGUAAGUCGCACGAGGUUUAGUAGCAAACUGGACUGGCUUAUUAGAUGGCAGAUAGGUCGAAUCAGAUGAUGGGUGGGGUAUGUUUUGAGUCUAUUUGUAUAUUCCUGUUAGGAUUGUGUUUAACAAUGGUGAGCUGUGGUGGACAAAUGAAACCAUGUUCCCCUUACACGAAACCCCACAAAGCUGGUGUUUGUGGCAGCAAGAUAGACGAGGCAUUAGAAAUUUUAUGUGGAGAAGGCGGAUUUGUAGAAAGAAAGUACAGAAAACGCUCAGUGUCUAGAAUUGAACCAGAUAUACUUGAUUUAGAUGCUAAAACUUUUCUAGCCUUACAUAAACAACAAAAUGCUCAACUAGAUAACAAACAGCCGAUUGUGGACAUAUUAUUACCCGAGUCUAAGGCUAGCAGUUUCCUCGACAAAAGGGUUUCCUUUUACAGGAAAGGGAUUUCAUGUGAGUGUUGUUACCACAGCUGCACAGUGGGAGAACUCGCCAGUUACUGUAAAAACCCAGGAAAAUCCAGUUUAAGAUGGUUUAAUAUAUAACACUUUCGACGUUUUGCUAUAGAAUCUUCACGUUUAUAAGUGCUAUUCAUUCAGAAUAUAUACCGUUGAUAUAAACUUUCCGUACAUUUGUUUGGUAUCUAUUUAGUGCCUUGCUUGUCCCAUUUCUUGUCUAAACAUAUUUAGUUUUUAUCAUUUUAUCCAGCCUUGUUUAUCCCGACUUACUCCCUUCCCCUUAUUACCAACGGAUUUAUCCUCUAAAUUGUUGAUAAAUUAGAUAUAUUCUUGCGACAAUAAUACUAAUUCAAUCAAGUGCGCAGAAUAGAACACUCUAUAUUUAUAUAGUGAUCACGGCUAUCUUAGAAUAUCAAAGCACAAUAACCUUGGUAUUGUAAAGUGUUUCCUAGGUUAUCAACAUUUGUAAUAUACAUGCAUUUGUGAAGUUAACAUAUUCAGAACUGUUUCAGGUAUAAAUGAAAACAUAACGAAAAUAUUGGUUAAUAUUUACAUGAAUGUUACUGGUCAAAAAUACUUUGGCAAUUUAAAAAGCAGAGGCCAUUUUUGGCAUAUGACUGUUAUUUAUAGUAGUAUAAACAUCAUGGUGAUCAUGACCAGGUUAUUAUAUGAUAUGAUUCACCUUUGUUUCACAUGAAUACUACAUUGAGUUAAAGCGUAUGUUUAAGUGAUAAUUUGCGAUCGUUAAAAUUGUAUUGUAAUAAACUUUGGCACACAACACAUUUCAUCUAUCCCUAGACAAUCACGGACCUAUAUAUUUUAUACUUAAUUUGGUUGCGAUUUAUUUAAGUUUGACAUAACUUGAUGCGACAUGCAUGCAAACCAGUUCUUACAUGAAAGGAAGAUAUUCAAUUAUGUUUGACAUUCAACGCUAUAAGUCAGCAAAUCUAUUGAUGACUAAACAAAGGAUGAUUUACCAUUGUUUUUUUGGAAUUGUUUGGUUGGUUGAUAUAACUUAUCUUUGUAAAAUUGUAGCCUUAGACAUUAUCAUCGUUGGAUAGUUAUCAAUUAGAACUGAACUUUAACAACGGUAAUCAAAAACUCAAAUUGUUUAUAAAUGUCACCAUAAUAACUUAAGAUUACCUGUUGCACGUAGAUUGACAGUGACAGUAAAGUGAUUUUAUUUUCUAGAAAAAUUGAAAUUCGUACUUUUAAAAAUAAAUAUAUGAAAUGUUUUGUGAGGCUGAAGAUCUCAGAGUAAUUUAAACUAGGUAAAUUUUCAAACAAAUUACGAAAAGAAAUAGACAAAACUUUAAUGUACCAAAAUAUUGUUGUUCAAAAUAAUGUUGUUGUAUUGCUAAGAGCCAUCAUGAAACCAUCCCAUACUGUAUAUUUCUUUUUAUAGUUCAAAUAUCUCUAUAUCAAGUGUAUUUCCUUCAGAUUUAGAUGACUGAAAUGAAUAAAAGUAUUAUUAUAAUUGUA